ACUAAUAAAACUAAAUUCUUUAGGUAAAUUAACUGGAAUGGCGUUCAGAGUCCCUACUCCUAAUGUGUCUGUAGUAGAUUUGACAGUGAGACUCGGAAAACCUACCACGUUUGAACAAAUUAAAGAUGUAAUGAAGCAGACCUCUAAGACAACCAUGAAGGGUAUCUUAGGCUAUACUGAAGAACAAGUAGUAUCCACUGAUUUUAACGGAGAUUCCCAUUCCUCUAUUUUUGAUGCUAAAGCAGGUAUAGCUCUGUCGGACCAAUUUGUUAAGCUGAUUUCAUGGUACGACAACGAAUACGGUUAUUCAUGCAGAGUAAUCGAUUUGAUUCUGAAUAUUUCAACUAAAGAUAAUUUCUAAGCUAGCAUACAAUAGAACGAAGUAUCUUUUUACUUAAAAGUGAUCAGGUGUUAUUUUUUAGUUCGAUUAAUGCGUUCAGGAUUUGUUGUUUUUUUAUUUAAAUAAAUAAUUGCUUAAUAAACUUUAUACUAUA